AUGUUGGCCGACAUUGCCUCGGAUUUUAAAGUAGCAACACCUGGUACCCCUACCUCAGCAUCUUUAGAAACUUCAUCAACAGAUGCGGAAUCCUCUACAUCCGCAUCGUCAACCGAAGAUAUGAAUGCUGAUCCUGAGCCUACAUUUGUUCCGACGCCUGUCGAUAUUGAGAAAAGGCUCAAGGCGCUUAUGCCGGAAUUCCUAUCAUAUGGAGGCCAAUUGGCACCUAGAUCCAAAUCAACACUCAGCAACAAUCCCACAUCCAACUCUUUGACAAUUGCUCAGCUUUUAGCAGCAGGAUUGCAUCUUGGUCAUAGUACUUCUCUUUGGAACGUGGCGUCAAUGCCUUUUGUCUUUGGCGUUCGUGAAGGCAUUAGCAUCAUUAACUUGGAACAUACCUUAACACAUCUUCGUCGUGCAUGUACUGUCACAAAGGCUGUAGCUCGUCAAGGAGGCAUCAUUUUAUUCAUUGGUACGCGUGAUGGAGUGAAUAAUGUGACGAUUGAUGCUGCAAAAUCUUGCAAUGCCUACUAUGUCGCCUCCAAAUGGUGUCCUGGCACUAUUACGAAUGCUCAGGAGAUUGUUGGACCCCACACGCCUCGUUUGCCUAACGCUCGCCCAGGUGAACUGGCCAAGCCCUUCCGUCCCGAUUUGGUUAUUGUCCUGAACCCGAUAGAGAACAUGAUUGCGAUCAAGGAGGCUACUCGAUUCCACAUUCCUACGAUCGCCAUCACGGACACAGAUGUCGAUCCUCGCAUUGUCUCUUAUCCCAUUCCAGCUAAUGACGACUCAGUACGCGGCGUGGAGCUUAUUGCUAAAGUUCUAGCUGAGGCUGCUAAGGAGGGCAAUGAGUUGGCUCUUGAGGCAUCCAAGAGGCAGUCAAAGCAGAGGAUCGAAGGUCGUAUGGAUCGUAUGAAGGCAUGGGGCGCCCGUGCAUAA